UUUGGUUGAAAUAAAAGGGGAAAAUAGUGGCGCAAGUAGCCGUUGCUUUUGGAAGGUACACAAACUCCACGCAAGAAGUCUCCGACGGGGAACGAGAGCGAGAGAGGUAGUUACUGAUCAUGGGUUGUGUUGCUUCCAAGCCGUUUACCGACGAUCUCCACGCAGGAAUCUUCUUCCCCAGGGGCUUCGAUUCAGACUUCUCCAGCCAUGUCGUCUCGCUCACCUCUACCACCUACGGCGCCUUAAAUCUCGACCGGUGUGAGUCCGACCUGGAGGAAGAGGAACGGGAAGUCAUCAAGAGGGAAUGCAGGCGGCCUCCUCCGAUUAAACUUGACUUGCUUCAGAAAAGCGCAGGGAAGGAAGAGCCGCCGGAGAUUAUCGACGCGCGGGAACUCAUGGAGGACCUCGCCGACGAGACGCCAUUCUGGACCCCGCUCAAAAAGCAAGAGAAACCUCAGUUUUCGAGUCCGCCGGCAAAGCAGAAAAGAAGGGUGGCGGGGAAAGAGAACGCAUGGGCGAGGCCGCAGGAGUCGAAAAGGUGGGAUUUUGAUUUGAGCCGAAUCUUGAGGCCUUUCAGUCCUUCCGACAACGCGAAGCGGAUUUCGGCGCAGACUCCAGGGAAGAAGAGAAAUCUCACGCCGUCGGCAUCGGCCAGAGAUUCCGGCGGUUCUGCUUCAAGGAGGAGCCUUAGCCCUGUCUUCGAUCCUGACCUCCUUGCUUCUCUGGAGAGGGAGCAUCUGCAGGAUGGGGGAAAGAUCAAAAAGAAGGUAACUUUAGUUCCUAGGACCCAAAACGCCCGGGACUCCGCCCUAUUUCUUCACUCUUACGAGGAAAAAUGCCCGCCGGGAGGCAAGAACAAGGUGGUUUUCUACUCGACGACGCUGCGAGGGAUCAGGAAGACGUUCGAGAACUGCAACGCCGUCAGGUCCGCCUUAGAGUCUCAUCGUGUUCAGAUCGGGGAGCGGGACAUCUCGAUGGACUCGGGGUACAGAGAGGAGCUGCGGUCGCUGAUGGGCUCGAAAGAACUAAGCAUUCCGGUCGUUUUCGUGAAGGGAAGGCUCAUCGGCGGCGCGGAGGAGGUGCUGAAGUUGGAGGAGGAAGGGAAGCUGGGGCCGUUGUUGGAGGAGCUUCCGAGGGUGACCGUGGCAUGCGAGGCCUGCGCAGGGGUGCGGUUCAUCAUGUGCAUGGACUGCAGAGGCAGUUGCAAAGUGUUGGACGAGGAGCAGAAGAAGAUGGCGAAAUGCAAAGAGUGCAAUGAGAAUGGCCUUAUCCAUUGCCCUAUCUGCUGCUGACCGUCAUCCUCUGCAAGUUUUAAUUGUGUUGAUGAAAGAUAAAAAAAAUGUUUGUAUUAUUUGUGUUCACCCUGAUCGAUAGUUGAGACAUUAAAAACUCUGAA